CGGGCCCGCGCGCCUGCGCACCGCUGCGUCCGGAGCCGGAAGCGCGGCGGGCGGGGCGGAGCGAGGAGCGUUGGGCGCCGCCAUGAGCUUCCUCAUCGAUUCCAGCAUCAUGUUCACCUCGCAGGUGCUGUUCUUUGGAUUUGGGUGGCUCUUCUUCAUGCGAAAGCUCUUCAAGGAUUAUGAGGUGCGACAGUAUGUGGUGCAGGUGAUCUUCUCUGUGACUUUUGCCUUCUCUUGUACCAUGUUUGAGCUCAUCAUCUUUGAGAUUUUGGGAGUGCUGAACAGCAGCUCUCGAUAUUUUCAUUGGAAGCUGAACCUGUGUGUUAUUUUGCUCAUCCUAAUCUUCAUGGUGCCGUUCUACAUUGGUUACUUUGUUGUGAGCAAUAUCAGAUUAUUGCACAGACAGAAACUACUUUUUGCGUGUGUUGUAUGGUUGACAUUCAUGUAUUUCUUCUGGAAGUUGGGGGAUCCAUUUCCUAUCCUCAGCCCAAAACAUGGAAUCCUGUCUAUAGAACAGCUCAUCAGCCGUGUUGGUGUGAUUGGGGUGACACUCAUGGCUUUGCUGUCAGGAUUUGGGGCUGUCAACUGUCCAUACACUUACAUGUCCUACUUUCUCAGGAAUGUGACAGAUGCAGAUAUUCUGGCUCUGGAGCGACGACUCCUUCAGACUAUGGACAUGAUUGUUAGCAAGAAAAAAAGGAUAGCAGUGGCUCACAGGACAAUGUUCCAGAGAGGAGAAGUGCAUAACAGACCCACUGGCUUCUGGGGAAUGAUAAAAAGUGUUACAACAUCUAUUCCUGGCAGUGAAAAUCUGUCCCUUAUCCAGCAAGAAGUGGAUGCCCUGGAAGAAUUGAGUCGGCAGCUUUUCCUGGAAACUGCUGACUUGCAUGCAACAAAGGAGAGAAUAGAGUAUUCCAAAACUUUCCAGGGAAAAUACUUUAACUUUUUGGGUUAUUUUUUCUCCAUCUAUUGUGUCUGGAAAAUCUUCAUGGCAACCAUCAAUAUUGUAUUUGACCGUGUGGGGAAGACUGAUCCAGUCACAAGAGGAAUUGAGAUCACUGUAAAUUACCUGGGAAUCCAGUUUGAUGUCAAAUUCUGGUCUCAGCACAUUUCCUUUAUUCUUGUUGGAAUAAUCAUUGUUACCUCUAUUAGAGGGUUGUUAAUCACACUUACAAAGUUCUUCUAUGCCAUUUCCAGCAGCAAGUCCUCCAAUGUUAUUGUUCUGCUGUUAGCACAGAUAAUGGGAAUGUACUUUGUGUCAUCAGUGCUGCUGAUCCGCAUGAGCAUGCCUCCGGAAUACCGCACCAUCAUUACAGAGGUCCUGGGAGAGCUCCAGUUCAACUUCUAUCACCGUUGGUUUGAUGUGAUAUUCCUAGUUAGUGCCCUGUCCAGUAUCCUCUUUCUCUAUUUAGCACACAAACAAGCCCCAGAAAAGCAUAUGGCCCUCUGAGGCAGAACUGCAGCCAUGCACUGCUCUCUGUCCUGUCAGCUGUGCUGCUGCAGCUCCUGUGGAUUGCAGAACUUGGAGAGACAGGACUGCUCUGUGUGUUCUGGCUCCUUGAACCUCCACAUGUGUCAUCAUCAAGCUCCGUGGCUCAUUUUGUUCAGUGCCACAGGUAGAAGGGGUGGGGGUGUGUGUAUUAAACUUGAAACAGUUAAUUGCCAGGCAGUAAAAGCAAUGCUGGAUACACCGCGAUCCAGGGGCAUCAGAGCUUGUGUGGUAGGCUGGCUGAGGGAACACCUCGUGCUGUUGGAACAUCGUCUUCACAGAAGGCAUCAAGAAAUGUGAUUUUUCUUUUGAAAAUCAACUUAUAAUUGGAAUUUGGAGGACAGCAAUUCUGGAAUUGAAUGUUUGAGUCUGUGGAAUUAAAUAAGCUUUUGUAAUA